GCAACCGGUUUACAUAUUCGUUAGAUGCUUUUGCUCAUAUUGGCAAAUAAUAUAAAUAACGCGAUGUUUCUAAUUGACAAUUAUUCUGGAACAGUAACACUACCAGCAAAGACGUGAUCAUCUUUGGCUAGUUCAUCUGUGAAAAAUAACGAAAUGAAAUUCCUCAUUGUUUGCCUCGCUGCAAUUGCAGCUGUUAGUGGCGAUGUAUCCCAUUUGUUCGGCGGAACAAAUGUAGAGCGGUCAUAUUUACCACCAUCCCAACAAGCACCAUCAAACCAAUACUUGCCGCCAUCUGGACCACCUGCUCCACCACAAUAUCAACCAGCUCCACAACCACAAUAUCAACCAGCUCCACAACCUCAAUACCAACCAGCUCCACAACCUCAAUACGCACCACCACCGCCACCACCACCACCACCUCCACCACCACCACCUCCUCCACCACCACCACCACCACCACCACCACCACCACACCACCACCACCACCACAGUGCCCACCUGGAACUUACGGACAAUACCCUAACUGCCAAGCACCACCACCACCACCACCACCACCACCACCACCACCACCACCACCACCACCACAACAAUACCAACCAGCUCCACAACCACAAUACCAACCAGCCCCACAACCACAAUACCAACCAGCUCCACAACCACAAUACCAACCAGCUCCACAACCACAAUACCAACCAGCUCCACAACCACAAUAUCAACCAGCUCCACAACCACAAUACCAGCCAGCUCCUCAACCACAAUUCCAACCAGAGCCAGCUCCAGCUGCUACUUUCGAUGAUGCCAACGGAUACGAUUACAAAGUUCCCGGCCGACCAUUCAGAAAAUGAGAAACUAACUCCAUUUCCGUCAAACUGUCAUUUCGAUUGAAAAGUUACCAUUCAUAAUAUUCGAAAUUGUGUGAUUGUAUCGCCACGAAACAAGUAAUAAAAUUUGCGAACUCAUAAUUAA